UUAGUUCGUUGAAUGGGAUAAUGCGAUCAGCUUUACUUUGCUGAUAAAACAAUUUUUUUUUGUUUUGUUUGUUGUACUAGUGAUUCUAUAGAUAUCCCGGUUUGGUUAGUUAAAUAGGAGAUUUAUUGUUAUCCCGUAAAUCAAAGUCGAGUCAGGUACAAAGAAAAAAAAAAGUAAAUCCAAUCUGUAGUAUUUGGAAAGAGAAAAAGCACGGGUCAAUGGGAGUCGUAUCUCUUUCAGUAUCAACGGAGAGACCGGCAACUCGCCGAUUCUUCCGAUUCGAUUCAGGUUUCGUGCAUGCGGGCGCGUGCGCGUCCCCCCUAUAUAAGCGCCGCUGCACGCCUCCCCCCCGAUUCGAUAUUUCGAUCCCCUCCGCGGCGACACACCCACAAAUCCAGGAAAAAAAAAAUCCAGCCGCGAUUCGAUCUCCUCGCCGCCGCCGCCGCCGCCAUGGAUCGGGGCAAGCAGCCCGCCGCCAGCCCGCCGCCGCUGCAGCAGCAGCGCACCGCGUACCCCGCCAGCUUCGAGGCCUAUUUCAGCGCGAUGGGCCUCGGCGGCGCCUCGUCGUCGGGGCAGGAGCCGCAGACGCCGCGGCAGGCGCAGCUGCAGCAGAGGUACGCGACGCCGAACUCGCCGCUGAUGCUGCCCCAGCCGCCGCCUUCGCAGGGUGGUGGUGGUGGUGGGCAGGGCGGCGUGCACCCGCUGAUGCAGCAGCACCAGAUGAUGCUCGCCCAGAUGCGCGCGACGCAGCUGCAGCAGCAGCAGCAGCAGCAGACGUCGAGCUACUGCGUGGGCGAGCAGGGCUCGUCGACCAACGGGUAUUUCUGGCCGGUCGGCCACGGCGGCGUCUCUCCGGCGGAGGCGGCCGCCCACGAGCAGGGCUCGUCGGACUACGCCAUGCUGCUGGCCGCCGAUCGCCCCAUGCCAUUAGCCGCCGACCGCAUCUUGCCAUCGGCCGCCGACGGCAGUAGCAGCGACUACCUCUCGCGCUUCGCCAAUGGCUACGCCAAUAACGCCGCCGCCGCCGCCCCGGCCGCGCCCCGCCCGCCCGUGGCGCCGAGGCCGUGCACACUGAGAGCCAACGCGAGCCAGUAUCAGCCCAUCGGUGCCUCGUCCCGCUCCGCGGUGGCGUCGCCUUCGCCGCCGAGAACCAGACGGCACCCGUACCCUCAUCCGGCCAACAACUACAACCCCAGCGCCGCCAUCGCCGAUUACCAAGAGCGCCUCGUCGUGAUGAACGCGCUGCGCGCUAACCCCAAGGACCCUCUAUGGAGGGGCGUGUCGCGGAUUAGCCAGGGCCGGACGCCGGAGGAGAUCCGGUCGGACAUGCUCCGCGGCCCGAUGCCGCUGCAGCUCGUGUUCUUCCAGGAGUCGGCGGCGCACGUGAUCCGCCUUCUCGACGAGGGCGCCGAGACGGGCGUCGACCAGUACCGCCUGAGCGUGCUCGCCGCGAUCAAGAGCGACGUGCACAGGGUCAUGGAGGACAGGGAGGGGUGCCAGGUGUUCAUGGCGCUGGUGCGCGCCUGCGCCGAGCAGGAGGACGAGAUCCACGCCAUCAUCGCCGCCGCCGCCGCCGCCAGCGCGCCGCCCGUCGACGGCAACGGGAAGCACAAGACCACCCAGCUCUUGCGUGUCACCGGGCAGGAUUACGGGGAGGCUUCUCUGAGGUCGCUGAUCUUGGCGGCGGCGAGAUACCCCGACCUGUGCAAGCUGCUCACCGACUGCCUCGUGUGCGAGCGCGUCAUGGAUCAUGCCAAAGGGGAUCGACUUCUUCACGACUGCUUCAGGGCGAUGAACUACGAGGAUUCCAAGAUUCUGAUCAAGUUCGCGUGCUACCACGCCAACAAGAUGCUCCUGGCGUCGUCGGGGUCCCGGUGCCUGGUGGAAUGCUUCAUGAACGCGAGGGGCGAGGAGCUGGAGCACCUCGAGCAGCUCAUCCUCGCGAACGCCACCAUGAUCGCCAAGGGCCACUACAGCAACUACUUCAUGCAGAAGGUGCUGGAGCACGGCAGCGAGGCGCUCAAGCGGGAGCUUGUGGCGCUCCUCAUGGCCGACGUGGUGAGCCUCUCCCGGCAGCAGUUCGGCAGCUACGUCGUCGAGGCCUGCUUCCUCAAGGGCUCGUCGGACCUCAAGCGCAUCGUGAUCUCCACCUUCGUCAGCCUCACCAACGACCAGCUCGCCGACGUCGUGCAGUGCGGCUACGGCAACUACGUCAUUCAGAAGCUGGUCGAAGCCUGCAAGGACGAUUACCCGGAGGAGACGAUACUGCUGGCGAGGAGAAUCGAGAGGCUGCCGGGGGAAGUGCUGGACCGGAUGAGCGCGAAGCAGGUGAUGAAGGUCGUCAGGAGGCUGUUCCCCCGGCACCGCAUCUACUAGGCGCAUUGUUCUGUUUUGUUUUUUUGUAGCUGUCUGUCACGAUUGUUAGUGACAAUUUAUACGAGUGUCUGUGAUCAACUGUCGAUGUAGCCACCCAAGGCGGGGAAAUUAGGGAGAAAUACCUCUAGGAUUUUGUGUCGGUAUUUGUGUGUUUGUUGAAUUUAGCCUGUGUUUGUGAUUGUUAGACCGAACUGUUGCUUAGGGGAUUUUGGGGUCUGUGGCCUGAAUUUGUAUGUCAGUAUUUGUCAUCUUAAUAAAGUUUUAGUGUACCGUGUGC